AUGGAGCAGCUCCCUGACGCCGAUGAGCUCUUUGGUACAGAAGAAGAGGACUCCGACGAUGACGUCUUGGUGGAGGAGGACGGACGCCAUAGCGAGGCUGCCUCAGUACUGGAUGCCCUAGGUGUUCAAGUCCGCGACGCCAGGGACGUUGAGAGUCGUGUGGUCGACAGCUGUGAUGCCAAGCUUCAGUUGCCAUCGAAGAUGGCCGAACUGACAAAAGUCGACCGGCAAAUCGAGGGGCUCUUGAAAAGAACGAACGAACAGGAAGACCCCAAUAUCCCUGCGCUGAAGAAGGCGCUGGAGAACAGAGAGGUGCUGCACAGUGAGCUUCUGGAGUUGGAGGAUCGCGUGGCCAGCGCCACGGUUUCCGAACCCACUCAGAAGAGCCACAAACCCUGGCAGAGGCUCAAAUCCUCCGGGUCCAGUCUCGACCUGGAGGAGCAGUCCAAGCUGGAGCAGGCCGUUGCGGCGGCCUAUGCGGCCGUGGAGAGCGUGGGCCGGUCGUCUUCAGGACUUGGAAGGGCUCCGUCCGGCGAGGUGACGCAGCGGGCGGAAAGCAAGCGGAAGUCGGAGAGCCAGAGCCAGCCGAGCCAGCCGGGUCAGCUUAAAAGGGCCUCGUUGCCCAGGAAAGGUCAGAUCAAGCUUCCUUUGGCUGAGCAGGCGCUGCAGAGAAAGGUUGUGGACAAGUCCUUCUGGGAUGCAGACCCUGUUAAACAGGAGAAGCGUGUGGAAGUGGAGCCAGCGUCGUCAUCUCUUCCACUGAGUGCUAUCGAUGUUAACCGACUGAAGCCGCGAGCGGCGCAAGUACACAGUGUCUGGAAAGAGAACAACCCUGCAGAGUGGCGAGCUAUGCAGCUGCAAGGCGAACUAGUGUCUCCUCAGCAGAACCUCCUGCGCAAGCGUCCUGGUGCAAAGCGACACCAGGAAGCAGCACCCGCUGAGGCAAAGAAGGCUCGCCGGGAUGACGUGAACGAAAGUGUGUACCAACGCAGGCAGGAGCUCUGGAAUCCCGGCAAAUCUGCGGCAGCGUCUCUGGUGCCAAAGCAGCAGCUGGACGAGGAGGGGGAGCCCGUUUGCAAGCCCGAUCCCGAUCGCAAGAAGCCCAAGGUAAGGGCUAUGCAGGAAGAAAUCCAGGUUUGCGAAGGGCUUCGCUGCCCAAAGUGGCUUUGGCAAGCGCUCUAUCCAUAUCAACACCGUUGUGUGCAUUGGCUCUGGGGUCUCCAUCGCGACAAAAUGGGUGGGAUUUUGGCUGAUGAGAUGGGGCUGGGGAAGACUGUUCAGAUCAUCGCAUAUUUGGCGGUGUUGCACCACUCCGGCGUGCUACAGAACAUGAGGGUACAAAACACAUCCCUGGGAGCCGCCAGUCCACCAAGGACCGGUGGGGUCCUAAUUGUAUGUCCCGCGACGCUCAUUAGCCAGUGGCGGAAUGAGAUUCAUCUCUGGUAUCCGCCGCUCCGUGUUUGCGUUAUGCAUCAACUGAAUGAGGAAGACCGCAAGGAGUCUAUCCAGCAAGCUUCCUCGCAUCAAGGAGUUCUGAUCACAUCCUAUGAGACGAUGCGAAUCGCUAUUGAUGCGUUGCUCGAAGCGACAUGGGUAUUGGUCAUCCUUGAUGAGGGCCAGAAAAUCAGAAACCCGCACGCGAGCAUCACCAUUGCAUGCAAAAGGUUUAGUACAGCCCACCGGAUCUUGCUUUCGGGCUCUCCGAUCCAGAACAAUCUGCAGGAGUUGUGGUCGCUCUUCGAUUUCGUCUGCCCUGGCCGCUUGGGAACCCUGCCCGUGUUUACUGAAGAGUUCGCACAGCCGAUAGAAAGCGGUAAUCUGAUGGGGGCCACAGAGGUGAAGAUCGCAGCGGCCUAUCAGUGUGCCUUGGCCCUGCGGGAGCUCACGGAGCCCUGCAUCCUUCGACGAACCAAGGCCGAGUGCAUGGACGUACUGAACCUGCCCACGAAGCAGGAGCAAGUGCUGUUUUGCCACCUCACAGCAGAACAGUAUCACCUCUACGUCCAGUUCCUCGAGACCGAGCAGGCACGUCGGGCCAAGACGGCUACCACAGACAGAAAGGCACUUGGGGCAGUCUUCUUUGCCCUCAGUGUCCUGCGCAAGCUUUGCAACCACCCAGACCUCCUGAUGAAUGGCUACGACGGUAAGGCGGAGCAGAAGGAGGAGCCUGGCGAGGAGUUGUGGAGCUUCGAGAAAUCCGGUAAGAUGAAGGUCCUAGCAGAGAUCAUGAAACUCUGGCAUCGGGAUGGGCAUCGGGCCCUGAUCUUCGUGCAGACCGUGCAAAUGUUGGAGGUCCUGGAGCUCUGGAUGAGUCGUGUGGGCUAUACGCACUCGCGCAUCGAUGGAAAGACGCCCGUGAAACGCCGGCUGAAGCUGAUCGAAGAGUUCAACGAGAAGAACGACCUGUUCGCGAUGCUUUUGACUACCCGUGUCGGUGGGGUUGGCUUGAAUAUUGUCGGAGCCGAUCGGGUCCUCAUCUUUGAUCCCGACUGGAAUCCCAUGACAGAUGUGCAAGCACGUGAACGAGCAUGGCGCAUCGGGCAGAAGAAGGAGGUUUCCGUCUACAGGUUGGUACUCACCGGCACGGUAGAGGAGAAGAUCUACCAUCGCCAGGUCUACAAGCAUUUUCUGGCACAGAAAGUCUUGCAAGAUCCCAGGCAGAGACGGUUCUUCAAGUGGAAUGACAUUUCGGAUUUGUUCGAAGUGCCUCCUCCACCUCCAAAUGUAACAAAGAUGGAUGUGUUGGCCCUCCAAAGAAAGUAUCGUGCAGCUUUCAGCAAGCUCGACAAGCUGGGGGAGACGGGCGAGUUCGAAGUCGAGACGACCGAAAUCAUGAAAGCUGUCUCAGAUCUGCCCAUGAAGGAUCAGCACAACACGAGCAAGAACACCAAGGAUGAGAGCAAUGCUAUCCUGCAGACCUUGUACGAUGCUCAGGGCAUCAAGGCAAGCUUCAAUCAUGAUAAAGUCGAGCAGACGCUGUUGGACCGGAAGCACCUAGCUUGCAUGUGGUCUUCAGGUCCUUGGAAGGAGCAAUGCUUCGAAGCGCUAAGAGUGUCGGAUUCCUGGUGUAUUCACAGGAACCCUAGUGUGACUUCAGACCAUGUCCCUGGGGCAACACCGGUGCAAGGUGUGGGUUUCAGCAGAGGAGCCCGACACCAGAGAAUGGAAUCCAGGACACUUGCUCAACCUUAG